GCGUUCACGCAGCCGUGGACGGGAGCCGCGGGGGGACUGUCAGGUGUGUUGGCUUUUUGGACCCUGAUGACUCACAUCAUGUACCUGCAGGACCACUGGAGAACCUGGUUAAAGGGCCUGAGGUUCUUCUUCUUCUCUGGGGUUUUCUUCUCCCUGCUGGCAGUUGCAGCCUUCAUCACCUUCCUGACCAUGGCGAUCAGCAGGAAGGAGUCAUUGACCGACCCCCGGAGUUUCUAUCUGUCCUGUGUGUGGAGCUUCAUGAGCCUGAAGUGGGCGGCUCUGCUCGCCCUGUCUGCUCGUCGGUACCAAAAAGAGUUUGCUGACAUCAGUAUUCUCAGUGACUUCUGAACGCAGUUUUCAACUUUUCAACAGAAAUGUUUAAGUCGUCUAAAUGCUUUCUAUAACUGCAGGAUUUUUUAAAACUAUAUUCUGUUUUUAAACAGCAAAAUAGUUGUAAUUUUGGACUUAAUUUAAACCGUUAAAAAAAAAUGUGUUGCAGUUUUAAAUAGCAGCCAGCAGAUGGCAGCAGACAUCUAUAAAAACUGGUCAGUUCUUUAUCUGUCCUUUGAUUAAAGAUUUAUGUUUGAGGGAAUCAGCCCAUCACAUUGCAUCACUUGUUUAGGGAAUGCUUUAAAUUGCCAUUAGACCUACGUAUUUUGUACUUAAAAAGUAAGUCUUGAAUAAAAACUAAUUUUAAUUUUUCUUUUUUUUUGCACUUUUUAUAAAAUCAUCAGGGAUCCGUGGUAUUUCAGAUCUAUUUGAGGGUGUUUUUAGUGUAGAAAAGUAUAUAUUUUUUAGAUUUAAAGGGAAAUGAAAUGCAUUUAGGGUUCAUUUAUUUAAAAAAAUAGAUUAAAGGUGUAUUUCUGUAACACAUCCCCUUUUUUGUGUGAAGCUAAAAUGUUUUUUUUACUAAAUUUGUCUUUGUUUGUUUUUAUAAAAGCAGUUAUUUUUAAUAAAACAUGUUUAAAAUGUA